GUAAGCAUCUGAAGCUAACUUUAUCGAAUUCUAUAUAUAGUGAGUUAGGUUUAGUAAUUCUCUACAGCUUGGAAUCAACGAAACAUGUCGACGACAAACUGCGUGGAACUUGUCCUCCAUAAUGGUCAGACGGCGAAGGAGCCCAUUCCUGUCUUCGAUCGUGAUGAGCAGAUUCAGCCACCGCCACCGCCAGCAUCAGAAGAAGAAGAAAACAAGAUCAUGAAAGAUAAAGAGAUCAAUCAUCAGGGGCCCGAACAGGAUAGCACCCACUCGUCUGACUUCAUCACCCAGCAGAUCAAGGAGAUGCGCGGCAUGCUCAUGAUCGUCGCCACCCUCCUCCUGCAAAUGUCGUACCAAGCGGGCCUAAACCCUCCCGGUGGUUUCUGGCAGGACGACCCGUCGCCCACCGCCGCCCGGUCCAGCACCAUGACCGCCUCAUCGUUUGCCCCGGCUCCUCUCGGAGGAGAAAAUGGCGGCGAUGCCGUGGUGCCGCUGCCGUACCAGGCAGGGGAUCCCAUCAUGCGGUUCAAGAACCAUAGACGAUACCGCGAAUUCGAGAUCCUGAACUCGAUGUCCCUGGCGUAUUCCUCGGUGCUGAUUCUGAUCCUGCUGGUUCUGUCGUUGGUCCCGGACUCGAAGGCGAGCAGGCUUGGCUUGGUGGUGGCGGUGGGCAUCAUGUACUUGGAUCUGCUAACCAUCCUGGCUGCGUACAACACUGGAGCGGUCACCCCCGAGAAUCGCAUCAUCUCGCUGAUACCUUAUAUUGCGACGGUGGUGGUGUUCGUGGUAGCGUAUACUAUAGUUUUGGGAGUUUUGAAGACGAAGAUGCAGUUUCUAUUCCUGAUGAAUCACUUUUUCAAAAGAGCAUAACUUUGAACUCUGAGCCUAAGAAUAAUGCUAGCUAACGUCGUUGAGUUAUAUUUUUUUUUUCCUUUUUUGGUAAGAAAAAUGUAUUACUAGUUUAAGGAGGAUCCUCUUGUCCGACGUCACAAAAUAACUAAUUACUGAAUUCAAAGAAUUAAGAAAGGAUGAGGUGUCGAGCG